CCACCUUACACACCAGAAUUAAAUGGGAUUAGUGAACGUAGGAAUCGCCACAUUGUUGAAACCGACACCUUCUGUUGCAACCGACCCAUCCAUUGUUGUCGGUGCUUCGCCAUCUUUUGAAUUUGGUCCUCAAGCAGCAGUCCCUAGUGCGGCCUCCACAGUUGUUAAUCAGGUAAGCUUUCUCAACCCUCCAUCCUUUUCUACCUCAGUUCCUGAUCUUGUCCCUUCCCCUGUUUCCCCGAUUGGUGACUCAUCCCCGACACCCUUAGCUCCUCUUUCACCCUCAUCUAAUUCCACCUCUAGCCCUUCUCUCGAUCUCGAACCUGCAUCCACCAGAACCUUGCCUUCCUCUCCUGUCACACAGCCACCACCUAGCCAUUCCCAGGCCAGUGCCGCUAUGUCUGAUGAGUUUAAUGCUUUGGUUCACCAAGGCACUUGGGAGUUGGUUCCACCUAAUGCCUGUCAACAUGUGAUUGGCUGCAAGUGGGUAUUCCGGGUUAAACGGAAUAAGGAAGGCCGGGUUGAACGGUUUAAAGCUCGUCUUGUGGCUAAAGGAUUUCAUCAAAGGCCUGGCUUUGAUUACUUUAACACUUUUAGCCCUGUUAUCAAACCUGUUACUAUUCGGGUUGUUCUCUCUUUGGCAAUCACUCAGAAUUGGUCUAUUCGGCAAUUAGAUGUUAACAAUGCUUUUCUCCAUGGAAAGCUUGAGGAAGACUUGUUUAUGGCUCAACCACCCGGGUUCAUUGAUGCUAGUCAACCUCUGCAUGUUUGCCGGCUUCGGAAGUCUAUCUAUGGCCUCAAACAGGCUCCUCGCACAUGGUUUCAAGAGUUGAAAAGUUUUUUACUCUCUCAUGGGUUCCAGAAUUCUCGCUCAGAUACAUCUCUUUUUAUCUAUCGCAAUGGGUCUGAUUGCUUAUACUUUCUGGUUUAUGUCGAUGAUAUCAUUGUGACCGGCAGCAAUCCACAAUUGAUUGAUUCUUUGAUUCAAUUGAUAAGCAACACAUUCUCCAUCAAAGACCUUGGUUCCCUUACUUAUUUUUUGGGAGUUAAUGCUAUCUUCACUCCUGCAGGCCUUUUUCUCUCCCAGGCUCAAUAUAUUCGUGACCUACUGGAUAAGUUUGGCAUGGCUGAGGCUAAACCAGUUUCCUCCCCAAUGGCUACAACUCCUCUUCAAUUGCACCAAGGGCUCAAACUCUCGGAUCCUUCUCCAUACCGGCGUCUUGUUGGCUCCUUGCAAUAUCUUAAUCUCACAAGACCGGACAUUACUUUUGCAGUUAAUCGUCUUUCUCAGUUUCUCCAUGCCCCUUCUGAUGUCCAUAUGCAAGCUGCCAAGCGUGUUCUUCGCUAUCUCAAGGGCUCUAUUUUUCAUGGUCUUCUUCUGCGCCGGCAACCUCUGUCUCCUCUCCAUGCCUUUUCCGACUCUGACUGGGCCGGUGACAAGGAUACCCUUCGAUCAACCACUGGCUAUCUUGUGUUCUUGGGUCGCAAUCCGAUCUCUUGGAAGGCUUGUAAACAGAAAACGGUUGCCCGCAGCUCAACAGAGGCCGAGUACCGUGCUCUAGCUGCUGUAUCCUCUGAAGUUAUGUGGGUUUGCCAUCUUCUUCGUGAAUUGGGGCAUCCUGUUUCUUCUCCUCCGGCAGUGUACUGUGACAAUGUUGGUGCUACUCAUCUUAGUAGCAAUCCAAUACGAAGGGACAAGCAGGGCGACCUUAAUGAAACAACCGUGUUUCACUUAAAGGAAGAUUUUUCACCUCUUCCGUUGAGAACCUUUUCCUCUGCAAUCCCUUUCGCCAAGUCCUCUUCUCCUCUCCCUCAACUGGAGCUCAUGGCCGCUGGAGCUCUUUGCCACCAGAGGCUCUAAUGUUUCCUCCUCCACUCCUACACAAUGUUACACACUCCUCUCCUACGAGCUAGGGUUCACAAUUGAAAAAGGACCUAGCGUUCAGCAUGUAGGUGAGCUUCUUCAUUCCCUUUUUUUGUUUCCAAUCCUAUGUUGAUUUCUGUGUUACUUCAUUAAUCUCAUCAAUAUUCUAAUCCUUUUGUUUUAUAGGUUUUUGGUUCAUUACUUAUUCACCUAAGGUUGAAAUUCCUUG